AUGACCGCUACAAUUCUCGGAUCUCCGGAAAGCGACAGCUCGACGGACGAAUCGAUCGAUAGACUUAAUACGGUUAGUUAUUUGAACAAUUGUUGUACUGUAGAGUACGGUAGAGCACGAUUUCUUCACAAGAACAAGCUGUCUUGACUUUUGAAAAUUAGCGGCCAUUUUCGAAUUUCACGUCAACUACGGUUGUCAGAAGAUCGUAAAUCGGCAUGUCAGACAAUGUGUGUGACCUUUGAAUAUUACCCAUGACCACACACUCGUUUUCAGUAACCUUACUUUUUUUUUUUGCGAUAAACACUCAAAGAUUAGUGAAGACAUGUAUUCUCUGACCCGUCCACGACGAUGACUUUAAUAGGAUCAACAAAACAGUUGUACAAUAUCACAUGUCCUCACGUUUGUUCGAAAAAAAUGUUUGGAAACGAUGCUUUAAAAAAAACGAUAGUCGAAAGUUCAUCGAAUUCCAUUCCAGUUCACUUCGUCGUAUGGUUUUUUGUUUGUUUUCGUCUUUCUGUUUCCCGCUACCCAAAUUAAGAUAUCAUCAGUUCAUGCACCUCAAGGUCUUUUCCUUCUAUUUUAACUAUUUCCUCUGAAAAUGGUUGCGGCCGCGCGGAAAAGCUAUUUUAAGGUGAGACUCUAAACUUUUGUAAUUUUGGCGUGAAAUGAAGUGGCAUUUGCUAGCACAGUUUAAGCACUUCUUAAGCAACAUUUAAACGAACUUUUCGGCAAAACAACUUUUAAACGCAUCUUAAGCCAUGUUUAAGCAAAUCGUAAUGCCGCGUCCAAAGUCUCGGAAAACCCGCAAAUCUCGCAGAUUUUGCAGUCCAAAGUCGGCAGAAAUUUGCGGGAAAUCCGGGGAGCGCACAGCUGAACGAGUGUUACCGUACACCAUACAACUCGGUAUUUUUUGAAAAAAUUUAAAUUUCUCGAGAAUAUUUGCAAUUUUUCAAAUUUCUAGGGUAAAUUUUCAACGGUAUUUUUUGAAAAAAUUUAAAUUUCUCGAGAUAAUUUGCAAUUUUUCAAAUUUCUUGGGUAAAUUUUCAAAAAAUACCGUAGUUUUAUGGUGUACGGUAACACUCGUUCAGCUGUGCGCUCCCCGGAUUUCCCGCAAAUUUCUGCCGACUUUGGACUACACCAUAAAACUACGGUAUUUUUUGAAAAUUUACCCAAGAAAUUUGAAAAAUUGCAAAUUAUCUCGAGAAAUUUAAAUUUUUUCAAAAAAUACCGUUGAAAAUUUUCCCUAGAAAUUUGAAAAAUUGCAAAUAUUCUCGAGAAAUUUAAAUUUUAUCAAAAAAUACCGAGUUGUAUGGUGUACGGUAACACUCGUUCAGCUGUGCGCUCCCCGGAUUUCCCGCAAAUUUCUGCCGACUUUGGAGUGCAAAAUCCGCGAGAUUUGCGGGUUUUCCGAGACUUUGGACGCGGCAUAAGCUUUCUGUGUUGAAAUGCUGAAAGUUUGAACGCAUUUAUUAGCACGCGCUAAACACGACUGAACACGUCUCCAAACAUCAUCCGAUCCAGUUCUGCACGCCAUCGAUUAGCUUCUGCCGUUAGUUUGGUUCUUUGCAUUUUUUUUCUCAGUCCUCCUUAUCGGACGGUUUCUGAAAUAAUACCGAGUUUCACACGAUUCUAGUUUCUACUUUCUACCUUAUGCGCGACAAGAAUCAGCGGCCAUAUGUGGCAAUUCGUUCCGCUAUAAAAGUGACACCAUUUCUCUGCAGUUUCCCUCAAAAUGUUCUUGGUCAGAGUGUUCGGCACACUUUUUUUAAAAUUGAAUUGAACACCGAGAAACUUUUCGAUCUUUCAUUGAUCCGUCUUCUUUUUGCGAGGUACGAACACGUGUUCGAUGUGUAGAAAUCAAAGAAUGAUGUUGCUGACGGGCUCAGAUUUUGCAAGUGAGAAUUCAUGAAUUUUUCACUAAGAAUGUGCAAAAUGAUGAGAAAAUCGUCUAGACAGUGAAUAUGAGAAAUUUCGGAAAAAAUUGUAGACGAUGAAGGUUCUUGUGUUAGAAACAAUGUAUUUGACGUGCUUUUCGAAAAUUGUUAAAAAUGUGAAUAGAUUUGUGGUUUUGUGUAAAACUUUAGAAUUCAGAGGAUUGAACGUUUUUUGUUUUUUUAGUGCAUUGUCAGUAUUCUCGAAGGUAUAGAGCGAGAGCUUCUUGGGGGACCUUUAUAGGCAAAACCAGAGAGACUCGGUUAUAACCUAUAACAUGCCGUCCAUCAGAAAAAGGUCCCCAAAGGAGCUCAAGCUCUAUACCUUCGAGUAAAAGUGCUAUGCGCCUUUAACUGUCUACCGUCUGCCUCUUCUACCGCACAAAUGAUAUUUUCCUCGGCCCCCACCCAGAUUUGUUGGUGAUCAUUUGCCCAGGCUUGUACGCGCUAAUUUCCAGUAAAUGAUGAUUCCAGAAGAAUCGCUUUUCCUUUUCCUGCCCGGUCCCUUUGUUCUCUGACUGCCCGACGUCUCCACUAUUAUACAUCGAUAAUAGUGUGAUAGAUGUGAAAAAUUGUUGGAAUUUGAUCGAGAAUUCUGAAUUCUGGAUUCCUGUCCACUAGUUGGUCUCUUUUUGACAUGUAUAAAAACAAAAGCGCGCCAUAGUUUCGAGUCCCUCUUUCUUGAUGACUUUGUCCUUUUUUUGACGGUCGUGUGCUUCAUUGAUAAAGAAAUGAAAUCAUGCUGAACUGUGGAAAUGUGAGUCAUUUUGGAAAGAGUUCACAAGUUGCGAUAAUAGUUAAAUUGUCAUAAGGUCAUGUUUGUGCCGCAACUUUUCUUUUUAGUUUUUUUGGUCUCAAACUAAUUGAGACAUGGUAAAAUGCCACAAUUUUUCCCUAGACUUGUCAGAAAAUUCUCCUAGAUCUCAUUGCGGAAAGCGCCUUUAAGCGUGAGGUUACGGUAGAAACAUCCCCUCCGCGAGACGAGUCGAGUCAUUAAUAUUAUGUGAAUCACAAACUAGAAUGACGUCCGUCCGUCCGUCCGUCACUUCAUUUCAUUUCAUUUUCCGUUAUCAUCACUACUCCUCCGCUCGUCUCCCUUAUACAUAUAUAAUAUAUAUUGUGAAAAGAGCUUGUACCUCCUGACGAGACAACGAAAAGUUCACUCUCUCUCUCUUUUUGCGCCGCUUAUCGUCAAUGUCCUUAUCAUUUCGCCAAUAUUCGGUUGGUGUUUCCUCGCAGUAAUCCCCCGACGUUUUUUUUUUCUCGUUUUCAAAGUUCAAGUUUUAAUAGUUGCAAAAUCCGCCCCCACUCGCGGGUCCGGUGAUCCGUUUUUUUUUAUUUUGAAACAACAAUGAGGGAUGAUGUUGGAACAGUGAUGCGUCUGCAAAGCGAUCAUUGUUAAAUCGAGUCCUAACUUUGGCUAGAAAUGUCUGAAAAGCAUUUAGCUGAAAAAGACGGUCAUUUUGAUACCCCAACUUGGUAAUUUAUGACUUUUACAAAAAAAUGACCGUCUUUUCUCAGCUGAAUGCCUACAAUGUAAGAACUUUCUUGAAAUUUAGCGUAAAAGUGAUACAAUAAGCCACUGACCUUGAGAGACCAACAUUUUAUGCCCUUGCACUUUUUUUUUCUUCACGCCCCACAAAAAAGCGUCUCGUCUUGGCGAUUUUAUCGGGAUAUUCGACGUCUUCCUCUUCUUCUUCUUCUGUUUCUGCAAGUCGUCUUUCUCACUCGAAAUCUGGUUUUGUCCCCCCUCCCCCUCAUCCCGCUCAUAAUCUCUGUGUCGUUUUGUAUGGAAAUGAAUGUGACGACGGAAAAAAGUGUAUGUGUGUGUGUGUGUGUGUGAUAAAUAAUCGAUUCUCAACAUAAUAACACAAGAAAAGAAGAGGAAUUCUGAAAAUUGUUCUGCCUUUUCUUUUCAUACAUUCUCCUGUUCGCCCCUAUCCAUUCUUCUUCUUGUCUGUUUGUUGUGUUCCGCACCCUUUCCGACGUCAAUACUUCCAUCUCGCGCACAUUUUCCGAAUUCAUACCCUAUAGGAGGACUCUCUCUCACUCAUCACUAUGACAAUCUCGAUACCGCCGUCCGCGCUCACCGCCGCCCGGCUCUCCACCGAAAAACGCGACUCGUCCACGUCGAAUCUGCCGGCGAACAUUGAGGAGGACGCCGAAUCGGUUGGCUCGUCGGAUUCCGGCGAUUCCGGUGAUUCGCACGACCACCACGGUCACUCGCAUGACCAUAAACAUGGGCAUGAGGAGAAGCACGCCAAGGUAUUUGGACCUGUAUAGUUUGUACUACUAAUUUUGUUGACCUAUGAGCUUACGGUAGUUCUAUUGAAAUCCGAGAGAAAAACUUACAGUAACCACUAGAGAGCCGAACAAAAAAUUCACCGAAACCCAAUCAAUUUCCAGGGUCGACGCGCCGAAAAAGUGCUGUGGGCGGUGGCGGCCCUCUCGGCGGUGUUCAUCGCCGCCGAGUUCGUCGGCGGCUUCUGGGCUCAAUCCCUCGCGAUCAUGACGGACGCCGGACACAUGCUCUCCGACCUCCUCUCCUUCAUCAUCUCGAUCUUCGCGAUCCGCUGCGCCCGUCUGCCCGCCUCGAAGCGUCUCUCGUUCGGCUACGAUCGAGCGGAGGUGCUCGGCGCGCUCACCUCGGUCAUCAUCCUCUGGGUGCUCACCACCGUCCUCGUCGUCAUCGCCAUUCAGCGAAUCGUGAACAACGAGCACGACGUCGAAGCGGACAUUAUGCUCAUCACCGCCAGCGUCGGCGUCUUCUUCAACAUCGUCAUGGGCCUCGUCCUUCAUUUCGGCACCGGCGGACACGGACACUCGCACGGCGGCUCCUCGAGUCACGGACACUCGCACGACGGCAAGAACGUCAACGUGCGUGCCGCGUUGAUCCACGUCAUCGGAGAUCUCGUCCAGUCGAUCGGAGUGCUCAUCGCGGCGGUCAUCAUCAAGUUCACCGGCUGGACCCUCGCCGACCCGAUCUGCACCUUCUUCUUCUCGAUCAUCGUGCUGUUCACGACGAUCACAGUCAUGAAGGACAUCUUCUUCGUGCUCAUGGAGGCCACGCCCAGCCACUUUGACCUCAGCGACGUCAAAAAAGUGCUGGGCGGACUGGAAGGCGUGAAAGGCGUUCACGAUCUGCAUCUCUGGUCCAUCGGAAUGGACAAAACCGCGUUUUCGGUGCAUUUGGCGCUUGGUGAGUUGGGAGCGGGGACUCGAAAAAGCUAGGCGACAGAGAAAUCCGGGAAAAUCUGUUUUUUUUCUGCGAUGAAUUUUACCAAAAAAUCAAUACCGUCACAUUUUCAGAGUCUCCGGAGCGUGCGAUGGAAACGGUGGCCGAGGCGCGAUCGCUGAUCCGCCGACAGUUCGGAGUGGCCGUGGCGACGGUCCAAGUGGAGCCGUUCGACGCGCAAAUCGACUCCUGCGACCAGUGUCAGCAGCAAGAGACCGCCUAA